UUCAGACUUUCAUUUUCAUUCGUUACCAACUCGUUGUUGCUGCUUACUCGUAAACUGUUCCUAUAAAAUGUUACCUCAAAUUCUGUCAAUCAUUCUCGCAAUCGUGGCUUGUGCCUUAGCCAAGCCGUCUGGAAUUGUACCAAUCCUAGGUCCCGGAAUUGUGACCGCUCACAGUCAUCAGUUUAUAGCAAGGACCUAUAAUGGAAUUGUCACACCAACGGUGUCCUUGCUGCCUCCACUCGCAACACCAACAGUCCCUCGGUUCUAUCCGUCUUAUUUGCCAACCUAUCCAACAGGAUACUAUCCCUACAAUCCGGUGUACAGGUACGGAUACAACUAUCCUUGGAGUGGUGCGUACGGACCAGGCUAUGUCCGUUAUCCUCUCAACCCCUACUGGUGAUUAGAAUGCGUAGAUGUCGAUACGCAUGGGCGAGUUCAACGUAAGUCGUUAUACUAGGUUAAGUCCGUUUUUUAACGAACCUAUACCUACCUUCCGUAGCCUUAUAGAGUUGGUAUAGGUGUGUAUAGAAAAUAAAAUGGUUGUCAAAAUGUGAAAUUAAAGUGAUGUUAAACAAACAGUUA